CAUGAGGUUGGAGGUAGUUCCAGGGGGAGGGGAGGAGGCAGUCUCUCUCCCUUAGGAGACUCGGACCCCUGGAAUGAAGAUCUGUUAGGGUCCUUUGUUUGGGAGGGGGCAGCGUGCUGCUCUACCUGGGCUCCCUCCGUUCCAGUCUUUGAAAAGCCUUAGAAGUUUAUCCCUGGGAGUGAAGAUUUGAGAAGAGCUUUCCCUGCACAUCCCCAUUGUCUCCUGAGGCUCUUCCCCUUCUCCUUCCCCUCCCCCAGAGCCCGGCCUGCCCUGGGUCUCUAUCUUUCCCUUCUCCUCCCUCCACCUAGGCUUUAGCUGCGGAGGGGCUGGGACAACGUCCACCGAAUUAGUGCCGGUCUAUUCCCUGAAAGGGGCGGGGGUGGUGGUGGUGGUGCGGUGAGGUUAGGGCUGGGGAGGAGGGGAGGGGAAGGGGAAAAGGAGGAAAGGGAGGGAAGAGGGGAGAGAAGAGGGGGAGGGGAUAAGAAGGGAAGGCAGAGAGGGGGAAGGGACAAGGGCCCGGGAGUCCAAACCAUGCGGGGCCCCGCCAGCCACCAGGAACAGCCCCCAGCCCCAGCGCCUCAGGGCCCCAGCCUGGCCAGGUGAUGGAGUUGGCGCAGUCUGAUUCCCGCUCCCGAUCCCCUCUCCUGCUCCUGCUCUUUCUGUUGCCCCUGCCCCUGUCACUGUCCCAGACUUUGCCCCAGGAGCCGUCGCGGGAACCCUCGGGGACUUGGUCCUCUUCAGGCCCUAGUGGCUGCACUUCAGACCCUUGCACCCACGGGGGCAUCUGCCAGGACACUAGUAGUGGUGGCUUCCUGUGUGUCUGUCCCACAGAGCCCGUGGCCUAUGUGGGGACCAUCUGUGAGAAGCUCUAUGAUGCCUGCUCAGAGCAGGUCUGCCCUGAGAAUCAGACGUGCCAUGCCACCCCAGGGGCUUUGAACCACACCUGCCAUUGUCCCCCUGGAUUUGGGGGGCCCAACUGCACCUCUAUAGACUGUGGGGAGAAUGGCUGUCUCUGGAGUUGUACCGACCAGCCGUGCCACCAUGGGGGCACCUGCCUUGCAACAGGGGCCAGUUUUGCUUGCCUCUGCCCUCCAGGAUGGGCUGGGCCCCUGUGUGAGGAAGAUGUAGAUGAGUGUAUGUCGGAGCCCUGCCAGAAUGGGGCUCUCUGUGUGGAUGGUCCAGGCGGCUUCCUGUGCUACUGUGUGCCAGGCUUCCAGGGCCCACGCUGUGAGCUCGACAUCGAUGAAUGUGCAUCCAGGCCCUGCAAGCAUGGGGCAUCCUGUAUCAAUCGUGUGGAUGGCUACCAGUGCCUGUGUUCCCCUGGCUACACAGGACUGAACUGCGAGACAGAAAUAGAUGAAUGCGUGUCAGUCCCCUGCCAGAAUGGGGGUUCCUGCCUGGAUGGUGUCGGCUUCUACCAAUGCCUUUGUUCCCCCGGCUACACUGGACAUAACUGCCAAGUGGACAUCGAUGAGUGUGAGAGCCAGCCCUGUGCCCAUGGAGGCAUAUGCCACAACUUCAUUGAUAGGUUCCAGUGUAACUGCAGUGGGACUGGCUUCGAGGGUGCUCUCUGUGAGGUGGAAGUGCUGGAGUGCCUGUCCAACCCGUGCCAACACAAUGCCACCUGUCUGGAUGGGCUGAGCAACUAUACUUGUGUCUGCCUGCCAGGUUACCAUGGGGAGCACUGCGAGAUGGACGAGGAUGAGUGCAAGGGGGCCCCCUGCCUCCACGGGGGCCUUUGUCUCCAGCGAUCCAAUCAGUCACUCUACGGGGGAGCCCAACCUGUGUUUCCUGGGACCUUCAGCUACAGCUCGGCGGCCGGCUUUACGUGCCAGUGUCUGCCCGGCUUCACAGGGGACAACUGCUCUGUCGACGUGAAUGAGUGUGAGUCUGAACCCUGCCUGAAUGGAGGGACCUGUGAGGACCUUCCCAACAGCUUCCAGUGCCACUGCCUGGCAGGGUACACAGGUCUAUCGUGCAUGGUCAAUGUUGAUGAUUGUGCAUCAGAGCCCUGUUUCCAUGGUGCGUCCUGCGAGGAUGGCGUGAAUGACUAUAUGUGCCACUGCCCCCCAGCCUGGGGUGGGAAAGACUGCUCUGUCCUGCUUACUGGAUGUGAAGGUCACGCUUGCCAACAUGGAGCCCAGUGCAUUCCCAUCUACAAGGCGGGGGCCCAUAGCUAUACCUGUCAUUGCCUGCCAGGCUUUCAUGGGCCCAGGUGUGCCCAAUCUACUACCUUUUCCCUGGCAAUUGGUGGCUCUUUGCUUGUGGCACUGCCUGCGGGUGAUGGGCAUGGACAGCCAGCCGUGUCACUGAGGUUUCGAACUACACUGCCGGAUGGCCUUCUGUUCUCCCGAGGAGACACUGUGGAAAGCCUCACCCUGAUGCUGUCUCAGGGCACCCUGUGGACCAUCCUAAGGAGUCAGGGCACCGAGCUCCCCUUGAACCUCAAUACCCCAUCCUUGAGUGAUGGGCACUGGCACCGGGCUGAAGUGGUCCUCCUGCAGUCGGCCCUGGAGCUGAGACUAUGGCAUGAGGCUUGUGAGAAUGGGCCCUGCCUGAAGAGCCACCCCCUGGUAGGAGAAGUAGCCCUAGAUUCCCCGGCCUUCCUGACUGUCCAUGUGGGGGGUGGGGCUGGGACCAGUCCAAGCUUUGUGGGCUGCCUGGAGGACGUGCGUGUGGAUGGGCAUAUGCUGGUACCUCAGGAUCUUGCUGAUGGCCGGCCUGGGGUCUGGCUGGGCUGUGAGCAUACUGACUGGUGUAGCUCAGGGCCUUGUGACCAUGGAGGAUCCUGCCUUGACCUCUGGACAACGUUCCACUGUGACUGCCCUAGACCUUAUGAGGGGCCCACGUGUUCUCAGGAGCCACUGGCAUGGACCUUCGGCCUGGGGGGUUCCCACAGCAUGGCCUCCUUCCUGCUCAGAGAUGCACCAGGCCCCAACCUCACCUUAUCUUUUGUUCUGCGAACUCGUGAGGCUUCGGGCUUCCUGCUGCAGAUGACCAAUGGCUCACUGGCCACCUACACAGUGUUCUUGGCCAGAGGGGAGAUCCAUGUGGAGACAACUUCUGCUUCAGUGGUCACCUAUCCCGGACGCGUGGAUGAUGGACACAGGCACCUUGUGACCCUCAGCUUAGGGUCUGGACAGCUUCAAGGGACGCCUCUGGGCCCCAGCUACGAGGUUCAUGUGGGCGGUCUGACCCUUCCAGCCUGGGCUGAGCCUUGGGGUGGCAAUUUUAAAGGUUGCCUUCAGGAUAUCCGUCUUAAUAGCCUCCGCCUGGACUUCCUCCCUCUCCUUCACCCAGGAAACUGGACUGGUUCUGGGGAAGUGUAUGAAGGGCAGGCCAGCAACCUUACUUUGGGCUGUGUCUCAGAAGAUACCUGCAGGCUUGAACCCUGUCACAAUGGAGGGACAUGUACUGUGACCUGGAACGACUUCAUCUGCAGCUGCCCCGAUAAUUUUACGGGGCCCACGUGUGCCGAGCGCCUAUGGUGUCAGGACCAGCCCUGCCCCCCUCCUACCACCUGUGUUGAGGUCCCUGAUGGUUACGUCUGUUUGGCCAAUGCUACGUUCCAAGAUCAGCCACCUGCUGUAUUCACCAGCUACAACCUGUCAGCCAAAGUGGGGUUCUCGAGCCUCUCCUUGGCUUUCCGUACCCGGGACCCCGAGGCUGUCCUGCUGCAGGCUGCUGGAGAGGGGGCCUCCCUGGGGGUGGCCAUCCACAACAACACCUUAUCUGUGUCCAUUCGGAGUGGGAACAGCAUCGAGGGGGCCACCUUCAGAGGCGUGGGACCCGUGUCUGAUGGGGCCUGGCACUGGCUCACCCUGACCAUGGAGGAGCCUGAAGCUUCUGUUUCUCGCUGGUUGCUGCAGCUGGAUGGGGCCCAGAACACUACCCUUUGGGGCCAGGCGGGGAGCCUGGACUUCCUCCGCCACCGAGUACCGGUUGUUUUGGCAGAAAACUUCACCGGUUGCCUAGGCCGUGUGAGUAUCGGCGGCCUCGACCUACCCUUUGUCCGCCUCACGAAGCCUCUACCCCAACCGGAGCAGUUCCUUCUGGACAGUGGAGGUGACAUUGAUCUGGGUUGUCGUGGGGGCCCCGUGUGUUCCGUGGAACCCUGUCUCCAUGGGGGCACCUGCCAGGACCUCUUCAAUGCCUUUAGCUGCUCCUGCGGGGAUGGCUGGGAAGGCCCUCGCUGCGAGGUGGAUGUGGAUGAGUGCAGCUCUGCUCCUUGUGUCCACGGCCACUGUGGGAACCUGCCAGGCGGCUACCAGUGCCACUGCACCCCCGGCUACACGGGGAGGGACUGCGAGACCAACGUGGAUGACUGCAUCCAGCAUGCCUGCCUGCAUGGUGCCACCUGUGUGGACGGGACCUUGGGUUACUCCUGUCAGUGCCCGCAUGACUUCAGUGGUCCCCAAUGCCAGUGGCCCUUCCCACCAGAUGAGUGUGGCCAAAAUUUCACUUGCCUGAAUGGAGGCCACUGUUAUGAUGGGCCCUGGGGAGCCAACUGCACCUGCCCAAUGGGCUACACCGGCCUGAGAUGUCAAAUUCGGAUUCCUGAGUGUGAACCCAACCCUUGCCAGAAUGGUGGCACCUGCCAAGCAGCUGGGAGUGAAGUUGAAUGUAUCUGCACCAGCAGUUUUGGGGGGCGACGCUGUGAUGUGGCUAAGGGGCCUCCCACCAUCCUGUUCCCAUUCCCAUUGAUUGAGGUCGUCGUGCCAGUGGCCUGUGGCUGCCUUCUGCUGCUCCUCAUCGGCCUCCUCUCAGGGGUCCUUGCAGCUCGGAAGAGGCGUCAGUCAGAGGGGACCUAUAGCCCUAGCCAACAGGAAGUGGCAGGAGCCCGGCUAGAAAUGGACAGUGUCCUCAAGGUGCCACCUGAGGAGCGCUUGAUAUGACACUCCCAACCCCACCUCACACACACACCUCCACAUUCCAGGCCAUGAAUGGGGCUGUGGUCCAUUAGGCAGGGGCCCGGGGCCUUCCCACCUCAUCGACGACCCAUGAGGCCUGCAAAAGCUGGUGUAAAGGAAGAUGGGAACCCUUAUCCUUUUGGAGCCAUGCCACAGAAGGUCCUUCCUCUUCCUCCUCGGGUGGGAAACGGAGCUCAGGGCUCCUGGUUGGAUGGCCAGGGAAAACUGGGUCCAAUUGAAUCAGCCCUAAGCAGGCAAUGCCUGGGUGUAAGAAGCAGAGGAUCAAGGAUUGUAUUACUGUAGCAAAAAGCUUUCUGGAUUUGGAAUCUGAGUUUUGACCCGAGUUUGAAUCUUGGCUCUGUUUCUAAUUCCCUGGGUGACAUUUCCCUGCUAUUGGCCUCAGUUUCCCUUUUGUAAAUGGAGAGGGUUGGAUUAGAUUAUUUCUAAGGGUCCUUUUAGCUUUAUCCAAUUACCUUGGAUAAAGCUCAUUUGGGUAACUUCUCCCUUGAUGUUAGGGAUCAUGCAGGAACACUCACCAACACAACUUUUCCUCAAACUCGAUCCCUGACAGCACUAUACAGACAAUCUGGGGUGGGGGUGCAGGUAGGGCUCCAGGACCAGGUAGAAGCUGCCUGCCUGAGGCUUCCUGAUGGCCACUGGCAGAGUAUACUGGGAGGUGGCAGAUCACCUCAGUACCAUUUCCUCCUGCUCAGCCUUGGGAAGAAUUUUCAGCUUCUGGAUGCUCCCAUGGACUUUCCAAGAGAAUUCUGCACAGUGUCUCCCAUGCUUGGACCUCUGCCUCUUUCCCCCAAAGCCUGUGAUGGGAUCUUGAAUGGGACCAAGGACAGGAAGCACGUAUGAAGAAUGACUAUGGAGGACAGCGUCUCCCCCUUCUUAUCCUGGCCAUCACCUUCGGGUCAUCCUAAGGAAGAGGGGAGCAACUCAGGGAACUAAUCCAGAAUGACAUGAAUAAUGGGAGAGAGAUAGAAACCGCCCUCCCUCUGCCUCUUCUUUCCUUCUUGUAGCCAUGUAUUCCUAUUUAAGGAAUUGUGCUUCAGCUGGGCUGAGGCUGUGUGUGUGUGUAUGUGUGUGUGUGUGUGUGUGUGUGUGAGAGAGAGAGAGAGAGAGAGAGAGAGAGAAAUUGUGUGGGGGCAGAUUUCUGUGCAUAUACAUGUAGUUAUAUCAUUUGUGCCUUUAUGUGCAUUCAGGCAUGUUUGCAGAUAUGUGUGCAAGGCAUAUUAGUGCAAGCACAUAUCUUUGCAUAUGUAUAUUUGGUUGUGGGAUAAGCCCAAUGCAGGGAGAGGAGGGAGGGAAGUCUCUGGGUUUCCUUACUUGGGGGCUCGGCUAGAGUUGAGCUGUAGCUUGGGAAUAAUCUUCAGAAGCCAGAUUCUUCCCAAGUGAUCCUUCCCUCCUGGGAACAGAUCCAUAGGGUAUAGGAUUCCCCAUUCUCAGGAUACUUUCUAUGUGGUAGCUGGGAAAUUAAGAUGAAGAACUCUAAUUAAGCCUGUGAGCAUCCCCUCCUUCCCCAAACUUUCCUCCUAGAAUACAGGAUGAGUCACACACACUGGAGCAGAAGACCUGAACUAUACUACUGAACUUUUCUAACACUGGAGCCUGGAGCCCAGAAGUGCCUUUUAAAGACUUUAACACGACUGUUUAACUUUCUUGCUUUUGGUUGUAAUGUUAUUUCUCUGUGCGUUGUGGAGGUGGCGUUUCUCCCUGUAGAUGUGGCCUUCUCCAACAACUGUGAUGGAAUUUUUCCCAUGGGUUAAGGGAGAGUAGCUCAGCAACCAGCAGACCAGGAAGCUGCACACUGCCUGCCUGGCUUCUCUGCUAGCACCUGCUAGGGUGUAAUGGUUAGUAAGCCUCUACAUGGCAAGGGAAGCCUGAGUUAUCAUGCCCAGCCAGGCAGCCUGCAAAAACCUGCAGAAACUUGGGCUAAAAUGCUCUGUUCUUUUGUGUUCUUUUCCUUGGUGCUGACUCUAGGCCCCUAUCUCCCUUAGCAUAGAGGAUUCCUUGUAGCUCCUGUUAGAUCCUUGCAUGUCAGUCUGCAUACUCAAAAUCACUUUUUGGCACUCUAGCCCACAAAACCACACAGGAACUAUGUGCUAGCCAAGGGCAACAAGGCUAUCUUUCACUUGCUUCCAAAGUGCUCUCUAAUUGUCAUUCAAGGAAACCUAUGGACAAGAAUAAAUGAUGGGUAAAAUUAGCAAUGCUAUUCCUUUCUCUGCUCUAUAUUUCUGCCUUCAUAUUGUAUACUUGGUAGAAAUAUCUCUAUAUAUUGAUAUGUAUAUGUUUGAUCCUGGCAAGGAAUUCUAGACAGCACAGAAGUAUUCCCUGCACUGUAAAAAGCAGUGCCAGGGGCCAGCUGGGUGGUUCAGUGGAGUGAGAGACAGGAAGUCCUAGGAUCAAAUCUGGCCUCAGACACUUCCCAGCUGUGUGACCCUGGGCAAGUCACUUGACCCCCAUUGCCUAGCCCAUAAUACUCUUCUGCCUUGAAGCCAAUAUAUAGUAUUGACUCCAAGAAGGAAGGUAAGGGUUUAAAAAAAAAUAGUAGUGUCAGGCUUUAUGAGGCAUAAAUGACCUACGUGCCGGGUUCUGCAAAUGCAGUUUCUGUCCUCAAGGAACUCCUGUUCAAUUGGGGGAUACCAUACAUAAGCAGAAAAGUAAGUGACACACCUCAGGAGGGAGAAUUAGGGGAAAGACUUCCUUUAGGAGGUAGCAUAUGAUCUGAGCCUCUGAGUUGGGGGUGUGGAGGGAGUGGACUCCAGAUGUGGGAGAGAGAAUGCCAGAGAAUGCCAGAGGGCGAGAUGGGCUCAAAGGCAGAGUGAGGAAGGAGAGAGGCCAAUUGUGAAGGGCUUUAAAGGUCAAGCUGAGAAAUGCUUUUUACAAUAGAGGCAGCAGAGAGCCUUUGAAGAUUCCUGAGCAGGAGGAAAUGAUGUGGUCAGACUUAUGCUUUAGGAUGUCUAUCCCAGCAGCUCUGGAGAAGAUGGCUACAACCGAGAGAGUGGGCUGCCCUCUGCCUUUCCUGUGUAUCUCUCAAGUGUACAUGCCCCAGGGGACAGAAUUCCCUAGUUUGGGCUCUGUUCAAGUUUCUGCCUAUGAACAAAAUGAGGGGGCGAACUGUAUAACCUCUGAUGUCCCUUCCGUGGGUGGUAUACUUUCUAGCAUUUUAAGGUAGAAUGGGAAGAGUUCAUUUUACUUUCAGAAAACCUGGAAUGGAGUUCUGGCUUGCACACUUACUAAUAGGAUGGACUCAAGGCAAAGGACUCCAUUUCUUCCUCUGUAAAAUGGUUACAGAAGUACGGGUCCCAUCUACUUCGUGGGAUUGUUAUGAGGAAAGAGCUAUAUAAACUGUAGAGCGCUCAGGAAAUGAAGGACAUUACUAUUCUUGGAGGCCCCUUCCUACCCUGUCAGUCCGUGUUAUUCUGACAUUCAAUGUUUAACCCUCCCUGAUCUGGAGGUCUCAACCCCUUUGGUCUUCCUUUUCCCCUGGGCCUAAUUCUUGAGGAAUGAAGAUUUGAAAGUCUUAGAGGAAGGCAGGCUAACACCGAAGGACAAACUACAGCCGUAGCUAGAUUUUGAUGAGCGGCCACAUGAUGAAACCUGCACAUUUGUAGGUAUGGCACAAGAUGCCACAGUUAGAUUUUACAAGCUUUUCCUUGUAAAGGUCAAGUCACCCCUCCUCCAGGACUGGCCUGAGUGGAUUCCGUGUCUCGAGGUUAUUUACUAUCUCUUUAUGACCAUUCUUGGAGCAUCUAGGACCCUCGCCACACAUGGAACAUCCCCUAUAAAACCUACCACCAUGAUUGAUGAAAGAGUCCUCAAUAGGCCAUCAGGAGUCUUGGGUCCUAGACCCAAUUUUUCUACUACUUACUAGAUAGAUAACUGGACAAGUCACUUUUUUGGCAACUCAUUGAUAAGAUAUGGAGGUUGGACUAGGACAUCUUAUGUUCUGAAGGCCCUUCUAGAAUGAAGUCUAGAGGCAACUAGGUAAUGAAAUGGAUACAGUGCUGGACUUGGAGUUAGGAAGACAAGUUCAAAUUCUACCUCAGUUUCUAGCCAUGUUAUUCUGCAUAAGUCACUUCUGAUGACCUUAGUUUCUUCAACCUGAAAAUGGGGGUAAUAAUAGCAUCUAAUGGAUUAUUUGUGAUGCCCACUGUGAAGCACUAUCUAAAUGAUAGCUAUUAAUGACUUUAAGAUCCAUUGUAGUUGAAAGGUGAUGAAAAUCCUCAAAUAUAAGGAACCUACCCUUGCUCAGGUCCUGCCCCAGAUCUCUCCCUCCAUCCUCCCAUCAGUUACCAUGGUAGGAGUAAGGACUAAUUAUUUCACUAACUCCCUGGUGCCCAUUCCCCUGCACCUAUGGAAGUUUUCUAUUGGCGAGCCUUUCACUGGGCAGUAUAGUUCAAUAGAAAGAAUGCUGGAGUCAGGAAACAUGGAAUCAUAUUCCAGACUCAGACCUUAAUAACUGGGAAUCCUUUAAGGAACUUUUUUUUAGACCUCAAUUUCCUCAUCUGUAAAAAUGGAAAUAUCAAUUAUAAUUCCCCUCCUCACACAACUGUCAAUCAAAGUGUUUUAUAAGCAGAGGCACUAUGGGAAUGUGAGCUUCCAUUCUAUAACAAAAUUAUUAUGAAGGAGCAAAGCAGUGGCUUCUCUGUUCUUUUGAACAUCCUCAGUUAUAGACUCUGGGAGGGUGACAGGGUUCGUCUCUCUCCAAUGUAUUUAUCAGAGCUUAUCCUCCCCUUCUGUUCUCUGAAAUGCCUGAGGAUAGAACUAAGGGGUGAAUUUUAUAGGGAAGUUCAAUGGAGGCAAGAACUUGGCUCUAGAGACUGACCUGUUUAUUUGACCUGGUACUCCCCACCAGGCAGUUUUAAUUCUCAAUUUGGGACCAGGAUUGGGUCCAGAUCAUCCCAUCCCAAGAGAUAAUCUAAGAUUAUUUUGCCGUGUUGAUUUUGAGCAAAUUAUAACUUCCCUAGGCCUCUCUUGACUUAUCUAUAAAAUGGGGUAAUAUUAGGCACAGACACCUCCAGAUUUUCUACACUUUCUAGAAACCCCUAUUGGGUCUUCUUCCCACUUAAGUUUCAUCUCCUACUUUUAGCAUAACUGCUUCAGGAAGGGAAAUCAGAAACCCUUUAGUCCAAACCCUACAUUUCUCAGAUGAGGAAACUGAGACCAAUGGAUAUUAGAUGACUUGUCCAAGGUAAUAAAUAUUAGAGACAGAGUUUGAACUUGGGAUCUUUGCUUCCAGGGUGAGUGCUUGAACUUCUGGACAAUGUUAUCUCCUAAAGAUUUUAUUCAUUUAUUUUUUGCCACUGUCGAUUCAAAUUUAGAAUCAAUAAUUACAAACUGAUAAAGAAAAGAAGUACAGCAAUUUCUCAUUGUGAAGAAUCUAUCUAUAAUAAAUCUCAAUGUUUCGAAAAAAAAAAA